AGUUGCCACUACAGUUCACAGAUCUUUAAUUUUUCUUCUCGUUGUAGCUGCUUUUCACACAUUAGUUUGCACCAUACCAUAACUUUGUUUUAUUGCCUUUACGUAAAUAGAGUCUCAAAUAAGAAAGUGUUAGUUUUGAACAAUAAUACUGGAUAAAGCUAUUUAGAAGCCGAUAUACCUCACUUCCGACAAACAAAGACUUUCUUGUUGACAGAGUUUAGCUGAUUGUCAUAACCUGUGAUCAAAAUAACUGAAGUGUAAUGAAGGUCAUUUAAAUCGGAAUCCUGAGUAUUUUGUUGUCUCAAGUUUCCAACUAUGCUCUUCUCAGUACAUCGUUUUAUCGAAGCGCUUAAAGGCGUUUGUUGGGUUAUACCUAGGUAGUUUGAACACUCAAUGUUUGCGCAAGUUUUAAGCACCUUGGAGUGUUUUGUGAAGCCUUCAGUUAAAUAUGGCCAAAGCGACGCGACAAAUGCGUCAAAAUGAGGAACGUUACGUUGCCAAGAUGAACUUCCGAAGCGAGAAGAUCUUACAAAGUCAAAUUGAGCGCUUGAACAGAGAAAAAUUACUGCAAGUGAAGAGUUUAAACGCUCAAAUGAGGACAUACGAGAGAAAGCUUCAGAAAAUAAACGACAGAGUUAUUGAAGUGGAAAAACUUUCGCAGAACUUAGACCCAUCUCAGCGUCUUCCAACGACUGAUCACUUCAACAAGCUGAGCAACGAUGCUAUAAGGCAAAGGCAUUUCUCCACCGGUGUAGGUUAUUCGUACAUUGAUCAACUGUUAGGAGCGUCAAAACCGCUCGUCAAUAGACCAAUAAGAUGGGGAAUAAACCCAUCUUUACCAAGUCUUCAACAACAAACUGCUAAACCGAUUAGUGUCGAGUCAGAUGCUGCCUUAGCGAAAGCAUUUGUGACGGAGAUUAAAGGUCAUCCUAUUUAUCUUCGACCGAGGGAAGCCGUUUACAUGAAAAAACAGAAGUCUGCUCCAUCUGCUUUGAUUCUGCCUCCCAUUCCAUUGAAACUCAGUGGUAAAGAGGCUAUGAAACAACAGUCAGCGCAACAUCGCAGAAAACCGCAGGAGUACGUGUUACAGGAAAAAGCUGAGGACGUUGCUUUGCUCGAAAAUCAAGACGCGAAUUCACAGCUUUCUCCCAUCCUUGAAAAGGAAGUCGAGGCAGAGAUUUCUGAAGUCAAACAAAGUGAUAGUAAAUCAGCUCCACAUGGAACAGAAAAUUUCAAUAAAAUUUCCAAUGGUAUGGGAAAAACAAAAGGAAAAGAAUCCCUUACUAUGGAGAAACCUGAGAUUGUCAUAGAGAGUAACGCGGCUUUGCCUUUAGAUGUGGAAAUGGCGAGCAAUGAUAGCAGUUCAUCUUCAUUGCGGGGGCAUUUUAUCACGGAAUACGAUUUCCCAUCACAUCAAAGAGCUGAACAUUUUACCAGAAGCACUGAGACUUUACAUGUUGAGACAGGUGAAAUGACAAAACAUCAGAACGAAAAUGAACAAAGCUCUUUUAAGUACCAGCUGCAUUCUCGCAGAUUUUCAUUAUGAGUAAUAACUUGGAAAAAAAAUAAUUUAUAUGUGCUACUUUAAAAUUAAAUUCGCUCUUCGAGAAUAUAUUAGUGCUAUAAUUUUCUAGCUAAGUUUAUAGCGAGUUUUAAUGAUAUUUUCUAUCUAGUCGUGAUAAUAUUUCAAAACCGCGGUGAAUUCUCCUGCGGUCUCGGAAAUAAAAUAAACAAGAGAGUCAAAGUUUAUACUGAUAACAAUAGCUCUGUUAUUUACAAAUAAUAAAACGUUUCAAAGAUUUUA